AUGAUCGGAAAUUUCGCGACACUAGUGGGCCGUAUUACGGAUGAUCUCGAGGAUGACGCGUUGUCAUACGCUGGAAUUCAGGACGACGAGUUUGAUUUGAACGAGGAGUUAGAAGUGGAAAAAAAUGGUGAGGUGCAUGUAGUGGAAGAAGAAGGUCCUUCUGUAACACGAACAAUGCAAUGGCACCCUGUAUUGGGUGCUCUUUCAAGUGAUGGCAGCUUCAACAAGCACCAACGAGGAUCCAACUCGUCCAUUAGCAUUCUGGAACUCACUGAGCCAAGCGACAGUGUGAAGAUCAGCUUUGAUGCAAUGCUAGGUGACAAGCAGCCCAAACGGUAA